AUGGCUAUCAUGGACCUUGACAAUCUUUCAACCUGGCUGUUUUGGCUCGCUGCCAUAGGACUGGUUCUGUCUGAGCUCUUCUUUGCUCUGAAGAGCUCGAACAUCUCCAAAUUCACUGUAUCUGUCGCAUCGUUAGUUUCAAAAUUGAGAUCCGUAAUUCACGAUUUUAGCAAUGGCAGGUACUACAAACCAUGGGGCACGCCGCCGAUCAUCAUUGCCGGAGACAAAAAGAGACUGCUGGAAUUGAGCGACACGCCUGUGUUAUCUCAGAGAGCGGUGUACGCAGAUAUGUUCGGCUUCAAACAUACCAUGAACAAGUUCGACCACAACGAGCUCAAUAUUAUCAAAUCACGGUUAUUUGGGAGGGUACUCAACGUCAAUGGGCCGAGUCAACUUGUACGGUUGUAUCCAGUGCUACAAAAACGACUUCUGUCCUUUCUCGAUGGAGAGCUGGAAGUUUUGGCCAUCCCAGAUUCACGGUCCAUUUUGAUUCCCCUCGCCUCCACGGCCAAGGUCCUCUCAUCAAGACUGAUGGGUGUUAUGUUCUUUGGAGAAAACCUUGGGUCCAAUCCUGACUUAGCCGAGGCCCUUCUACGACAUCCGAACCAGACCAUUGCUUGCAUGGGCGCUUUUCAGUUCACUCCUUCUUUCUUAACGUCGUUGGUACAUAAUAUCAUGACGCGAGGAGGUCGGGAGAUGCACAAAAUUCAGAACUAUCUUAUGCCCAUCAUUGAUCAGGGGGUCGACAGUUGGGACGAGCCGAAGGGCAUCAAAGAGUCGACCAUCUUCUAUGACCUGAUCGAACAAUCCCUUCCUAACCGUGACUACUGGAGCCCAUUCACUCUUUCCCAGUCAAUUCUUGGCCUCUGGCUUGCGGCAUCUCACCAGCCAUGGGUGAAUCUUUACCAUAUCAUGUAUGAGCUCUGCAUCCGUCCCGAAUGGCAGUCGAUUCUGCGAGAUGAGGUGAUGCAAAAUGGGGCACUUGACGGUUUCACCAAGCUAAACCAGCUGCCUCUGCUGGAUGGUUUUAUGCGAGAGACUGCGAGGCUCAAUUCCUUGGACAAGAUCGCAAUUCGUCGGAAGGCUCUAGAAGACUACACCUUCUCCGAUGGAUAUGCCCAAAUUCCGGCCGGGGCCACUAUCUGUGCCGACUCGUACGCUGCUUCUCAUAAUCCCCAGGUUUACCCGGCGCCGGAGACGUUUGACGCUCGCCGCUUUACGAAUGGCCAAUGCCAUGAUCGAGCUAAUCGAUUCACCGAUGUCUCUGAGAACUACUUGAUUUGGGGUCUUGGAUCGUUGGCAUGUCCCGGUCGACAUCAUGCCAGUUUGGUCCUGAAGUUGGUAGUCGCGACAUUGCUCGUUGACUAUGAAAUUGAGUUGGACGCAAAGAGGUCUCGUCGGCAUUGGACGUGGGAGUCGUUCAGCAUCCCAUACAACUCUACACGCGUGCUACUACGUCGUCGGUCCGAAUUAACGGGUUAA